UCCUGGACCGGAAGGAGAACCAGAGGACACCGGAAGCCCUGUUUUGGACCCGGAAGUGGCACGCAAAGGAUGGAGCGGAGAUUCCCGGCGGCGGCUGCCCUCACGGUGCUGCUGUCGCUGCUGGUCUCCGUCCCGAGGCUGCUCCGGUGGGGGGCGGAAGGCGGCCCGCUCGGAGACUCCCUCUCGGCUUUCUCGCUGCGGCCCGAAGCCGUAAGAGGGCUGGAGGUUUACAGGCUGGUCACCUACAUCUUUGUUUACGAAGAUGUCAUAUCCUUGGUUUGUGGCACCGUCCUCAUUUGGUACUUCGCCAGCAGUUUUGAGAAGUCCGUGGGCACCGCGCGGCAUUGCUGCCUCACCGUGUCCUUUGCCGUGGCCUCAGCUCUGCUCUACCUCCUCCUCUGGGGUCCCUUAUCCGGACAUUUAGAAGUGGCUGCCCUGCAAGGAUUCACCCCUCUGGCUUUGGCCAUGCUGGCCGCCUCGGUCGCUCGCUCUCGGAUGAGGAGGACGCUGCUCUUGGGGGUCAAUGUGCGGAUGGCGCUGGUGCCGUGGCUGCUGCUUGGGUUCUCCUGGCUCAUACCAAACUCUUCCUUUCUCGGGAACACCUGUGGCCUUGUGGUCGGGAAUAUUUAUGGUUACAGCUACCGCUUAGGCAUGGAUCUCCCUGAAUCGACUGUCUCUCGCUUAGAUCAAAAGCUCCCUUUCCGGCUGCUAAAGAGGAUCCCAGGGCUGACGUUCAUUCCGGGAUCUCUAGCAGAAAGAAGGGCUUCCCAGAGCAGGAAGCUAAACCCAGUGCCAGGGUCUUACCCCACACAGAGCUAUCACAGCCCUCCACCUCCUGCCGCCUUCACCCUCCCUGGGCAGCAAAGCAGUCCGCAGAUCCAGGCGCCUGGGCCACCAUACAUGCCAGGUCUUGCGCCACAACCCACCGCCAGCGUUGCAGGAGGGACACCUGCCCCGAACCAGUUGCAUCAUCCACCAGGAUCCUUUCCCCCAUCCCUGCAUCUCACCGGGUCGAACUGGCAGGUCCCCAGGAAGACCGACGGGUCCGGUGUCCACCAAACUGCUGGGGUCCUGGCUGCGGGGGCUGCCCCAGAAGCCAUGGGACUGUGCCGGGUUCACGUGGGCUGAUCCCGGCGGGUGGUUCAAAUCUCUGCCCUGCAUUGAAGAGGGAGAGGUUCCUCUCAGAUGGGGGGGGGAGUGGUCUACUCCAGGCAAGGGAAGAGAUCAAGAGAUCCUUACAAGCCAACAUACCAAGGUCAGCCAUCCCUGCCUGAAGGAGCAAAGAUCCAGCGACCUUCUGGGCUGCUUCAUCAAUGCCUUUUUGGAGAACGUACACUGCCAACAGGGAACUCUACAGGGAUCCGCCUCCUUCCCAAAGCUGUGUUCAAGAGAUCUCACAUCUCUUUGUCGGUCCUGACAGAGAGAGAGAGGAUGGUUCCGUGUAAUGUGUCCUGUGCCUUUUUUUAUGCCUUCUGUGUGUCUUUACUGUGAAAAGGGCCCCCGGCCUUCCCUGUUUGGAAUAAGGCCAGCAUGCAAGGAGGCCAGGCAGGAGCUGAUGGUUGGAGGCGUAGCCUCUGAAUCACCCAUCCAUCAGCGUAUGCCAUAGUGAGCAGGGAUCUAAAGUUCCAAUUCCGUUUCUGCAGGUGGAUUCUUCAGCUUUCUGGGAGUUCCUGGCUGUGAAGGAUCAAUAUCAAUAACAUGUUUGAUCUCAGCAAAGCUGGGUGUAAGUAACAUAAAGGACUGGAGCCUCUGGGAUUAAUUAUGGCUGUGGGUGGAACCGUAGGUCUUAAUUACAGCAAGGUGCUUUGCAUGUAGAUGGUCCCUCCUGCCCUCACUUGUUAAUAUCUAGGUCAGGUGGCUGGGUGGGUGGAUGAUCUCUGGGUGAGAUACAGAGAAUACUCAGAGGAGGUUUCCCACUGCUUCCUCCGAGUGGCGCUCCGGAACCAUUCAGCCUGCCCAAUGCCAUACAAAUGGCUGGGGGUGCUUCACUCAGGUCACUUCAGUGCCUCUGAAGGGAGACGGACAGGCCCCACCUUGAGAUAGAGGUUGGUUUCCAUGAAUUCAAGGAAUCCUUCAGGGACCCAGAAGGAUAAAAGCUUGAACUAACGGAUAAGGCAUUUUAAAAAACACUCUGAAUAGCUGAGCCCGUAAGGUUUAUGGCUUAAUUAAUUUCAGGGGGGGUGAGGGGCUCUAGACAAUCUAACACUUACCAAAGGCCUUAGUUGUUCCUUAAAUUUUUUUUCCUAGAGCUCAAAAGAAAGGCAUAGUCAUAUUGUAAUAAAAUUACAUUUCCUCCCAUUCAGGCCUGCCAUGGCCUUGAAGUCUCUGGUGCUAUAUACUAAAAGGGUUGUUAGGCUGCCCCACCAUCCACGUUAUGCACAUCAUGGACCACAGAUCUUGCAUGAGGGGAGAGACGAUGACUCUCCCUGGGGUGGAUGUUUCUCAGCCUGGGUGUUGUUGCCGAAGUCUUGUGUCACGGGAUGGAACAUGUUGUGGAAAUCUAGUCUUUGGAUCAAUGGGACCAUUUAAGGUGCUCUUUAAGAAACAUCAGCCUGGGUUCCUCUGGGGAACGCAGAACAAGCGGCGUAUAAGUCUCUUUGCAGGCAAAGGAAGAGCAAAGCCCCAUUUUGAAUGCUUUUAUUUUACUGCAAAGAAGCUGAAUAAAAAUAUUACAGUUCUAACCAUGUAUCUACAAAGAAGGAGACCUUUCUUGGCUCAUACUGGAAUCAUUUUGGCUUUGCUUCGAUUUUGGCCUUUUUUGCCUCUCUCAUCCCCUCUGAAGCCCAGGCUGCAGAUUUUUCAAAUAUGCAGGAACUGAAAUGAGCGGUUCAGCACAAAGCUGACAGAAACCAGGCAGUGCAUUUAGCUGCUACACUAAAGGCAAGUAAUUUCAAAAUGUGUUAAACACACUGGGCAGGCCAGUGGAUGCAUUAAAAGCCAACAUACUUAUUCUGGAAAUGGACUAGAAUCCAUUACAUCCAUAUGUGAAGAGUUAAUUUUAAUUAAUAGAGAGAAUGAAGCAGCAGCUAAUCACCAAAGACAGUGAAGAUGACCUAGCAUAAAUGGGGAAUAAACUUUAGAGGAGAGUCCCAAUUCACAAGAUGGUAUGUAAAUAGAAUUUGUGUAUUUUUUAAAUGUGUGUAUCUGCUGUAACUUCAAGAUUGUUAAAUGUCAACACUGAAGCCGGGAAUUGACGACUAAGGGUUUCUGGAAUGUACAUCUACUGUAUGGAUUUUUUUAAUGAAUUAAAACGAAGUUAAUAAAGA